AUGGCGGCCCCCAGCCACACCCUCCCCCACCGCGCCGUCUCCUCCAUCCGCGGCGGCGCGACGGCCAGCAUCAACACGUCCAAUGUCACAUCCGCCUCCGGAGACGCCAGCGGCGGCAGCAACCCGCGCACGCCCCUCCGCGCGAUCCCGCCCAUGACGCCGACGUUCAGCUCGCCGUCUAGCCUGCGCGCUGAGGACGAGGUGCUGAUCGUGGAGCUAGGGGCGCGGCGGGUGCGCGUCGGGUUCGCGGGAGACGCGGCGCCCAAGGCGUCUGUAGGGUGUGGGCCCGAGCAGGCGCGGCGGGUCGGGGAUUUUCGGAGGUGGGAGGUGGGUUAUGAGGAUGGUUGGCGUAGGAGAGGGUGGGGGGAGGAGCAUGAGAUGUGGCGCGCGGAUGUGAGAGGGUUGGAUCUGGGCCUGGUGGGGGAUCGGCUGGAGAGAGCGCUGCGGGAGGCAUAUAACAGGUACCUCCUCAUCGACUCGCGCCCGCGGAGGGUCGUUGCUGUGCUGCCGUCUGGCACGCCCGUACCACUACUGGCUACGAUGCUGGCCACGCUCUUCAGCCGGUUUCACACACCUGCCGUGUCGCUCAUGUCUUCAUCCGUUGCCUGUGCCGUCUCAGCUGGCGUGCGAUCGGCGCUGGUUGUCGACAUGGGCUGGGCCGAGACGGUUGUGACGGCCGUGUACGAGUACAGAGAGGUGCAGACCUGCCGGAGCGUUCGUGCUGGCAAGAUGCUGGUGGAGAGGACGCAUGAUCUGCUGGCGUCUGCCCUUGGUGGCGGCCAGCAGACUUCUUCGCCUGAUCCUCCUAUAACGUCUGACAGCGACGAGAGGACGGAACGCGUGGUCUCGUUUGAGGAGUGCGAGGAUGUUGCCACCAGGUUGACGUGGUGCAAACCUGCUGGCAGAGAUGCACCAUCACAAGAACAGGAAGAGGGCCUGCCGACAGUUACGGAGCAGGACGAGUCAGAGGCAUCGACGGCGACACCGCCUACGACUGCGGUGAGACCAUCGAGCACCUCGAUUCCACUGACCUCAACGUCCCCUCCGACGAGACUCGACAUGACCUACAACCAGCUUUCCAUUCCUGCCGAGACUACAUUCUUCGACUCGCAACAUCCGCCACCAUUCUUUGACGACAAUGAACUGCCACUCCCGCUGUUGAUCUACCGCACUCUGCUCAAACUUCCCCUAGACGUUCGAGGCAUCUGCAUGGCCCGAAUUAUUUUUACUGGAGGAUGUUCUAAAGUCCUUGGCCUGCGUGGCCGGAUCCUCCAUGAGGUGAGCCAGCUCGUACAGGCCCACGGCUGGGACCCUGUUCAGGGCAAGGGGGUGGCAGCCUACAAGACCAACCCAAAAUUACGACGAGGGAGCAGGCAGGCAAGCAGCGACGACGACGGGCCGACGGGUGUGCCAUCUCAACAAGACACCGGUGGCGGUGGCGUAGGGGGCCACGAGCAGGACGGCGUAUGGGUAGACGCGCCGUCAGAUGCACAGCAGGAGCCAGAUCCGGUCGAGGAGCAGGUCCGGCGAAGGAAGGGCGAGAAGAGGGGCCUCCAGGGGCAGCUGCGUGUGAUCGAGUCCCUCGGGGCGUGGAGCGGGGCGAGCCUGCUCAGCCUGCUGAAGGUACCUGCCCUCGCGAUCGUCGAGAGAGAGGCGUGGAGGGAGCAAGGCGUUAUCGGUGCCUCGCGGCCGGGCGAGGUGGAUCAGAAGAUUGCGCAGAGGCAGAGUAUGGGCGCCGGAGGGCUGAUGAGAAGCGCUGCGGGUGCAAACUGGACGUUAGGCGUCUGGGGAUACCUGUAG